GUAGUAGUGCAUACAUUGUAUACACAGUCUGUAUAGAUUUUAAGUCUAUGGUUCUGAAUUCAGUGACAUAUGAGUGUGGUAGAAUCAAUGGUCAUAGUUUAUCAGUGUAAAAUGGCAACAAAAGUUACUAAUAGUGCAUCGUUUCAUUUUUAGCUUCAUAUAAGAAGUGUAGUUUUUGAAUAUAGAUAUUUAUGACGAAGUGAUUGUACAGUUAUUAAAAGGAAUAUACUCUUCUCAAGAUGAUUUUAACAUUCUUAUAUGUGAUAGCAACUUCAAUUCAAUCCAGAAGGAUUUUGUUUUUAAAGACACAUUUACGUAAUCUGUUUCAAAGGAAGACAACUAAUUGUCCAUCAGUCAUGUUUUAUAAUAAAACAGUGUUAGAUUCAUGUAAAGAAUCAAAAUCUUCCACCGAUGAUCGUGAAAACGAAGAGUUUAUGACUUCAUGUCUGUGUUCAAAUAAAAGUGAUGCUAGACUCGAGGAUUUGUUAUGGUAUCACGGUGAUAUGAGGUUAUGCACUAUAUAUCCUCAACAAAAAGUUGAUAUCUCGAGUUGGUUAACUUAUCAGUAUGGCAGAACAUUUUUUCCCUUGCAUACGACUAACUCUACCGGAAGUUCAUUUCAACCAGAGUACAAACUUUAUAUUCUUGUUGAGGCCGACCUUGAGAGCUUUAAACCCACUUCUACAACCAAGGCUACAAAGGUUGAAGAGUACGGUUUAAUUAUAACAUGGACAGCAAAUAAAAAUAUCGACUUAAUUAUAGAGACAGAUUUAGAUACUCUAGUAAAAUUUUUUAUCGCAUCUAUGGAAGGUCAAUGUUAUAUUAAUAAUGGCUUGUUGCUGAAACGUAUACAGACUGUUCUGGUAUCAGGAAAGCCUUGUUUUUAUAACAAUGAUUUACUGAAUGUGCCGCCAACCAGAAAUUUUAUAGAUAAUGUGGAAUGGCAGUCGCACAUUGAGAAAUUAAGAAUAUUAAGCGAAGCUGCCAGAGUAGCGUCGGAACAGUGUAAAACACUUGAAGUCGAGGACUUUCCAGGAGUAGUAGUAUAUCCAGACAAUACCGCGACGGAGACAGCGUCGGAACAUUUGCAACGGAUUGCGUCAAACGAAACGUUAGAAAGUGGAAAGAGCAGUAGCGCUUCUGAGCCAGAUUCCGCAAGCGUUUCGCGAAAGGAACAUCAGCUCUCAUCGGAUGUGAUAGAUACUUCCAAAGAAGACACUACUCUCAAACAAGACGUGUCACGUUCCGCUAGCAAAUCGCUCGACACGCUCGACACUUUAGAAGAAUCCGAAGUUAAAAGGACGCGGCCAGCGUCCUGCAUUGAUAUCAAAACUACUAGCACAUCCGUGGAGCCAAAAACAUUUUUCAGCGCGAAGGAUAGUAAAAGCGUACCGUCUAUAAGUGGCUCCAAAAAUUCAAUGGCGGAAGUAAUCGAGAAAUUAACUUCUCUCAACCCGAACGUUAAACCGCCGAAUGUCUUAAUAUUCGCGGACAGCAUUAUAGCGUUGAACAAUGUGAAGGGCGUAUUAGAGAAUUCUCUUGGGACAACCAAGUACACCAUUUACGCGUUACCGUUCCAAGAGGCUCGUAACGACACGUGGAUAGACAACGCAGCUUUGGUCGUUGUUUGCGGCAAUGUUGGUAACGAAAUUGGAAAUCGGAUCGUUGAAUAUAUCCUCCGCGGCGGUAAACUUCUCGCGUUGUGCUCCGACGUGCUCCAAGCGUUGCUUCCGGCGUUUAAAACCGCGGAAGUUCGCGAGAAUGAGCUCGUCCAUUUUUCGUAUGGGAAAUGGAAACAUGUACGGAUGAUGCACCACAUUUUCUGUUAUCAAGCGUCUCCGAUAAGAACGAGAUUUUCUCAAGAUCACGAGGACAUCAAAGUAUCUGGUCUAUCUACGCCGACUUCAGUAGAUGUGAAAGACAAAAAGGGGAACUCGCAUUUGUUCGACGUGAAGGUCCUCGGAACCGAGGAGACAUGGUACACGCCGAGCAUUUUACUCGCCAGCCCACGGGGCAACAAUGGUAAAAUUGUUUUCUCCCAAAUACACUUGGAGGUCGACCCUAUGCAAUACGAGUUCGAGGAAAGCAAAUUCCUGGCUUUGAAGGAGAGCAACGACGCUCGUAUCGAGAUAUUUAACGAUCUCUUAAAAGUACAUCUCGGGAUGAAACUUUGCGAGACUUCCGAGCCAACUUUGAAAUAUAUGCCAGCUUUCUUCUUGGGUCGGCACGAGUUGAAACUGGAAAUGUUAGGCAGAAUAAAAGAUAGAAUGAAUUCAAACGAGACUUUGAAAUUAACAAAUAUAAGUAUACAAUUCUGUCGAGGUAAUACCGUCGAACAAUCAGCUUCGCAUUCGUUUCUGCCAAUUAUGGUGCACCAGUGCCCUGACAAUUUUUCAACGAUUGAAUAUUUUGAGAAUUUAACUACGAAAGAGUUAGGUCGUUUAGUAAUCUACGCGGAUCUAAUGACGUCGUCGAUGGACGUUGUAGAUGGAGUACAAUUACAUCAUGGUUUAGCUGUUAUUCCUUACCAGCAAUCUAAGGGGCGAGGGAGAGAUAAGAACCAAUGGCUCAGUCCUAAGGGAAGCGGGACGUUUACUUUACAAGUGCAUAUACCAACUAAUUCAAUACUUGGACAACAUAUCUCAAUAUUACAGCAUGUGGUAUCCGUCGCAAUAGUGUCUGCUAUUAGAUCUUUACCUGAAUACGAGGAAAUUGAUCUCAGAAUAAAAUGGCCUAAUGACAUAUACGUUGGAAAUAAUAUUAAAAUCGGUGGUAUGAUUGUGACUACGCAAUGCUUGCCAGACCUUUUUGUCUGUAAUAUCGGUGUUGGAGUGAAUUUGUUCAAUAAGGAACCUACUUGUUGCAUUAAUGAUAUUAUUGAAAUGUUUAAUAAAACUUAUAAUAAGAAGUUAAAAUUGAUCUCUUACGAACAAUAUUUUGCCAUUGUAUUUAAUGAACUCGAGAGGUUGUUGGAUAUCGUACAAAGCGGAAAUACAGAUGCCUUUUUGGAUGCUUAUUAUACAUACUGGCUUCACUUCGAUCAAGAGAUAAGAGUCUUAUCACGGACGGGUGCUUCUCAAAAUGCUAAAAUAUUAGGUAUCGAUGAAUAUGGAUUUUUACGCGUCCGUGGUGAGGAAGGAAAUAUAUUCACCGUACAUCCGGACGGGAAUAGUUUCGAUUGUCUCAAAGGUCUUAUAAUUCCAAAAUAAUUGGAAUCACACGUAAAAAUAAUACUGUUGAUUGUUCAUUGUUCAGUCAUUAAUUAUAUACUGCUGUUCUCUCUUAUUUUUAUACAUCACGUGUAUAUUUAGUAACGGUAAAAUGUAAUUCAGCGAAGGAGAUAGUUUUUUUUACUUUUAAUUUAUUUGUU